AUGCAGCUCCCCGCAACGCGUCCACCGGCACCUGUCUCUCUCCGCAGGUCCCCGGGGAGCGGCCUCUACAGCAACCUCGCGCAGUACAACAUCCCUUAUCCAGAAGCCAUCUUUGAACUGAACUAUUUCUUCCUUAACCCCAAGCCCUUCUUCACCUUGGCCAAGGAACUCUACCCGGGCAACUACAAGCCCAACUACGCGCACUAUUUCCUAAGGCUCCUGCACGACAAAGGCCUUCUGCUGCGUCUGUAUACGCAGAAUAUUGACGGACUGGAGAGGGUUGCUGGGACCCCGCCCGAUCGGCUGGUCGAAGCCCACGGCACCUUCGCCACGGCCACCUGCACCGUCUGCCGCAGGACGUUCCCGGGAGAGGACUUGAGGGGGGACGUCAUGGCAGACAAGGUGCCUCGCUGCCCUGUCUGCACCGGAGUCGUCAAGCCCGACAUUGUGUUCUUUGGCGAGGAGCUGCCGCGCCGCUUCUUCCUGCACGUGGCGGACUUCCCCCUGGCAGAGCUGCUCUUCGUCAUUGGAACGUCGCUGGAGGUGGAGCCCUUUGCCAGCCUGGCAGGCGCUGUUCGCAGUUCCGUUCCCCGCGUCCUCAUCAACCGGGAUCUCGUGGGCCCCUUCGCCUGGCAGCACCGCCACAAUGACGUAGCCCAGCUGGGGGACGUGGUCAGCGGCGUCAAGAAGCUCGUGGAGCUGCUGGGCUGGACCCAAGAGAUGCAAACGCUAAUCCAGGAAGAAAAGGAAAAGGUGGGAAGGGCCUCUCUGCUCCUUGUGCUACAGCCGUUGCCAAACUUGCAGCCUGCAGUCGGAGGGACUGUGGAUAGGUGCAAAAGGGUGUUUAAAAAUAGGAAGUGA